AGGUGUUGGGUUGAGCCCCAGAGAGAGAUUAGCAACGAGCAGAAAGUGCUGCUGAAGAAAGAUUGACGGAGUUGAAAGAAGUCUUGGUGGAGCCGGAGGAAGAGAUGGAGGAUGAGCGCAGACUGCUGGAUUUCAGCCGGAUCCCCCUGAUAAUCUUACAGCGAAUAGAUCCCCAAAAUUCUUGCUUCUCUACUGGUGAAGGCGUUCACUCUGAGCUUUCCACCCCGGAGAGAAACUCCACUUUAGAUGAGCAGGAAUCAGAACCUCGGCAGAUAAAAGAGGAGAAUGAGGAACAAGAACAUCAAAAGUUUAAACACGAAGAGAGGCCACUCUACAUCAGUCAGGCUGAAAAGCAACUUGCCCUGAAACACGAGACUGAUGACAUUUUAAUGAUUUCUUCUAACGUGCAAAGACUCCCCAAGGAAACAGAGCAAAGCAGGAACAAACUCAUCUCUCAAGCCUCCCCAGAAGUUGAGAACCAGGAUCAGGAAAGAAACAAUGAGGAACCAGAAAAAAAGAGAGAAGAGCAGAAGCACAUACAGCCGAAAAGAACUGCUGACAUUUCAAAACUAAAAAGUAAGAAGAAUCCUCACUCUGACCAAUAUAUAUAUUCUUGUAAAACUGGUUAUGAAGACUUUUCUCAAUCAAGGCCCUUGAGUACACACACAAGAACAGACAAGGCACAGAAUCCUUUCUCAUGUAUGAGCUGUGGGAAAAAGUUCACCUAUAGAAGCAGUUUAGAAAUUCACAUGAGAACUCACACGGGUGAGAAGUCGUGGUCUUGUGUGACUUGUGGAAAAAGCUUUAGUCUGCCAAGCCUUUUAAAAUAUCACAUGAGAUCUCACACAGGUGAGAAGCCUUUCACAUGUGCGACCUGUGGAAAGAGUUACAAAGAUAGAAGUAGUUUAACGUAUCACAUGAGAACUCACACGGGUGAGAAGCCUUUCAAAUGUGAGACCUGUAAAAAAGGUUAUAAAACAAAAUCUCUUUUGGUUCAUCACAUGAGAGGUCACACAGGUGAGAAGCCUUUUACCUGUGUGACUUGUGGAAAAGGUUUUAAACAAAAAUCUCAAUUGCUAUGUCACAUGACAUUUCACACAGGUGAGAAACCUUAUUCAUGUGUGACCUGUGGAAAGAGUUACAGUAGUAGAAAUGGUCUAACUUAUCACAUUACAACUCACACAGGUGAAAAGCCUUUCACAGGUGUGACCUGUGUUAAAGUUUUUAGACAAAAAAACGCAUUAAACAUUCACAUGAAAUCUCACACAAUGGAAAAGUCUUUCUCGUGUGUGACUUGUGAAAAAAGUUACAGUUGUAGAAGUAAUCUUACUUAUCACAUGAGAAAUCACACAGGUGAGAAGCCUUUCACAUGUGAGACAUGUGAAAAACGUUUUACAAGAAAACCAAGUUUGGUAAGUCACAUGAUAACUCACACAGGUGAGAAAGCUUUCAAAUGUGAGAUAUGUGAAAAAAGUUUUACAAGGAAAACUAGUUUGGUAAGUCACAUGAGAACUCACACAGGUGAGAAACCUUUCAAAUGUGAGAUAUGUGAAAAAAGUUUUACAGGCAAUUCUAAUAUGGUACGUCACAUGAGAAGUCACACAGGUGAGAAGCCUUAUUCAUGUGUGACCUGUGGGAAAGGUUACAGUAAUAGAAGUAGUUUCACUUAUCACAUUAGAACUCACACAGGGGAGAAGCCUCGGAAACAAACCUAGCCAGAUCCUUGAAACAAAGCUAUUCUAAUGUCUGUAGGGUUUUGUUUAAAGUUCUUAAACUGUGAGAGUUCUUAUGUGAUAAAUUAAACUAGUGUUUGCUGGUCCGCUGAUUACAUCACAUAUAGCUGAAAGUCCUCAAAAUAAGCCCUGAACUACUUGUAGCGUUAGCUGCUAAAAGCCCAGCUAACAAACCUUUUUACAAAAGAGUUAAAUUACGUUUGUUGUAGUUUCACUCCAUGAUUGUCCAAUUGUGGUACGAGUGUUUAUACAGCAUGAAUAGGGAGCAUUAACAUAAAUGUGUGGUAUUUUGUGUAACUUAAGAGAAAGCCAUGAAGCUAAGGUGUGCGUGACCAGAUGUGCUCCGGUACAACACCUGGUCAUCUCUCCUUACAGCACCUCCUACCAUGUCAAGUUACCAAUUUCAGUCUAAUUAUUUCUGUCCUAAAGGUAGUUGAUUUCUAUUCAUAUUUUAUUAUUUAGCAAAUCAUUCUUUGACAUGUUCCUCAAAUAAUGUUUUUUUUAUCUUACUGAGUUACAUUGUGAAUAUGUUGAACACAUCCAGAUGUUCUUAAUUAGUAAAGCUAUUUUAACCUCAUUAAUAAAUCUUAAAGAUGAACUUAUUUCUGCUAAUUUAGAUCUUCAGUAAACACUAAAUUCAUUGAAUCGUUUUAUGGUGAUGGUUUUCAACUUGUUUUUGUCUUUUUGUUUUGUGUGUAGCCUACAUUAUUCUGUAGUUUUUUUGUCCUAAUUUUGCUCGGUAGUUGUCGUUUAGUUCCACAAGCCAAGUAAGUAAGAGCGUUUGAUUGAGCUAUAUGGUUAAUUCACUUAAAUAUUAUUUCAUGGUGUUAUCUAGAUGUGCAUCAUUUUCUGAUAAUAUAUUUUUAUUCUUGAA